GUACAACUAAAUAUGAGGCGAUCUGCAGCUCCGAGUCAAGUCCUAGGAAAUGCAGCCAAAAAGCCCAAGUUUACACCACCAGGAAAAUGUCUUGCAGUUUGUCCCAAGAAUGAAACUAAGGAGAUGGACCAAGAAAUGAAAUUAAAAGAGAGAGAUGAGAAAGAGGGAAGCGCUUCAUUGCUUUCUAAAAUAUAUGUCCAGAAUCAAAAUGAAAAUUUUACACAGUCUGUGGAGUCAACUGGAAAAGUAAAGACAAAAGCAACUUUCAGCAUUGAUAAGUGCAGCAAGGUGGAAAUGAAAUCACUAAAUGUGCUCAAAGCUGAUGGACUCAGUUUGGCAACAUCAGGGAGUGCAAAGGAAGAAGCAGCUCAGGAAGCACCUGACUGCCUUGCGAAAUAUUUCAGUGUUGUGUGGUGUAAGGCAUCAAAGAAAAAGCACAAAAAGUGGGAAGGAGAUGCUAUUCUUAUUACAAAAGGAAAGUCAGUAAUACUGAAAGAUAUGGAAGGCAAAGACAUUGGAAGAGGUACUGGAUAUAAAGCUAAAGAGCUAGACAGUCUUGAUGAAGGUCAAACACUCAUGGUUGGAGGAAAAGAAAUUGAAGUGAUGAGUGUGAUUUCAGCAGAUGACUUCAGCAGUGGCAGGUGUUUUCAGGCUGGAAUAGGGACUCAUGACACAGUCCCAACUGCAUUAUCUCAAACUAAUAUGAAACCGUUCUGUAAACCAUUCAAAAACGUCUCUCAACCCAGUAGUAAAGACAAUAUGCUCAAAGACUCUCAAAGCUGCAAACCUCGCCAUGAUCCAAAUGCUCCAAAUUCUCUAGUUAUGCCACGACCAAAUGCAAGUCAUCAGUGGGUGUUCAAUAAGGCUGGUUUACCAGUGGUGGAUGUAGUUGUAGAUCCUUACAUUGCAAAUAAUCUCCGACCACAUCAGAAAGAAGGAAUUAUAUUUCUAUAUGAAUGUAUAAUGGGAAUAAGAGUUAGUGGCAGAUUUGGAGCUAUUCUUGCUGAUGAAAUGGGCUUAGGAAAAACACUGCAAUGCAUUGCACUUGUCUGGACUCUUCUGCGUCAAGGGCCCUAUGGAUGCAAACCUGUACUAAAGCGAGCGCUAAUUGUCACCCCUGGGAGUCUGGUAAAAAACUGGAAAAAAGAAUUUCAGAAAUGGUUGGGAAGUGAAAGGAUCAAAGUCUUUACAGUUGAUCAGGACCACAAAGUAGAAGAAUUCACUGGCUCUCCACUUUAUUCAGUUAUGAUAAUCAGUUACGAGAUGCUGCUGCGAUCUUUGGAUCAAGUUCAGGCUGUAGAAUUUAACCUCCUAAUCUGUGAUGAAGGACAUCGUCUGAAAAAUAGCGCUAUUAAGACAACUACAGCCCUCACCAGUCUGUCUUGUGAGAGGAGAAUUAUCCUUACUGGUACUCCAAUCCAAAAUGAUUUACAAGAAUUUUAUGCGUUAAUAGAGUUUGUUAAUCCAGGAAUACUCGGUUCUUUAUCCACAUAUAGGAAGAUAUAUGAGGAACCAAUUGUCAGAUCUAGAGAACCUUCAGCAACAAAGGAGGAAAAGGAAUUAGGAGAAAAAAGAGCAACAGAACUCACACGCCUCACUGGACUUUUUAUUCUAAGGCGAACACAGGAGGUUAUUAACAAAUUUCUGCCCCCCAAAAAGGAGAGCAUAAUCUUCUGCCGACCAACAGCACUGCAACUUGAAUUGUAUCGAAAACUGCUUAGUUCUCGAGUUAUUACGUCCUGUUUACAAGGCAGGCUAGAAAACAGUCCUCACCUAAUAUGUAUAGGAGCUUUGAAAAAACUUUGCAAUCAUCCGUGUCUUCUGCUUAAAGCUAUAAAGGAUAAAAGCUGUGAUCCUAUGUCUGAGGAACACGACGAGUCCAGCCUCUAUGAAGGUGUAAUAGAUGUCUUCCCGCAAGAUUAUACUCCGGACACUUUCUCUGAAACUGAUUCAGGAAAAUUGCAGGUGCUGGUGAAGUUGUUAGCUGCAAUCCGUGAGCUCAACUCCUCUGAAAGAGUCGUACUGGUAUCCAAUUACACUCAGACAUUAAACAUACUACAAGAGACUUGCAAACGCUGUGGAUACUCUUAUACUAGACUUGAUGGAAAUACUCCCGUCUCCCAGAGACAACAAAUUGUUGAUACUUUUAAUAGUAAAUUCAGUCCAGCUUUUAUCUUUUUGCUGAGUUCAAAGGCUGGUGGAGUAGGACUGAAUCUGGUUGGAGCAUCACAUUUGAUCCUGUAUGACAUCGACUGGAAUCCAGCUACGGAUAUUCAGGCAAUGGCUAGAGUGUGGAGAGAUGGUCAGAAACAUACUGUGCAUAUCUACAGGCUGCUAACCACAGGCUCAAUAGAAGAAAAGAUUUAUCAAAGACAGAUUAGCAAACAAGACCUUUCUGGGGCAGUUGUAGACCUUUCCAAGACAUCUGAACACAUCCAUUUUUCCAUUGAGGAGCUUAAAAAUCUCUUUACUCUUCAUGAAGAUUCCAGCUGUGUAACUCAUGAUUUGCUUGAGUGCAACUGUAUGGGAAAGAUUGACCAUCAAAAUAUUUCCUCAGAAAAGCCUUCUGUAUCUAGAAGUUGCCAGCUUGGACAAAAUCAUGGGAAGCCUAAUUCAAAGAAACCACUCUCUAUGUCACAGUUGAUGCAGUGGAAACAUUUCUCUGGGCAACGUCAGACUUUUCCUGAUCCUUUCCUUGAAAGGAUAAAGGAGAAUGUUUCUUUCAUUUUCCAGAAUGUAACCAAUUCAACUUCCCCACCUAAUAAAACUUAAGUGCCUUUCCCUGCCACUUGCAUCCUCCUGGUCAUAGGCCAAGUAAACAACUGAUGUGCAGUUACUUUUUGUUCUUUUUGCCUAGUUCUGUUUCGUGUGUUUCUGAUGAAGUUUCUGAGUAAAUGUGAUUCCUGGUGUUUAUACAAAGUUACAGUUACUACUAAGUUAAUCAUUCCUGCUGUAAUCAUAAUACAGAUUUUAAAAGCUAAUUUUGCUUUCCAGUCUUCUGUUCCUUCGAUAACAAAAUUAGUAAGAUUAUUUUUAUGCACAUUCCUACUGUAAGUCUACUCUGGUUUAUAGUUUCCAUUUGAUCACAACGAUUUACUGCUUGUAAAGCUGGCAACUCUUCAGCCAAAUUUUACAAGAUUAGGCAGUGCUAUAUGCAGGUAUAUGCUGUUAACAAGAUUCUGUUUGGAUUUCUAUUGUGACAGUGAAAAGUUUUGUGUUUGUAUAAAUGCAGCUUUAUAACAAGGUAGAUGUUUUUACCCUCGAAUUUACAACUCAAUGAAACUCAGAGCAACAGCCACUAAAGUCCAAAAAUCCGAGGCCACAGAUCGAUGCUGUGUCAAAAUAUUCUAAAAUUCUCCUAUUGCUUUUACUU